ACAUGAUGCUACAGGACUGAGGCCGAGAGCUGCAAUCAUAGUUGUAAUAGCGGCCUGGAGUGGAGGAAGGGCAAAAGUCCGGUUCCGGAGCUGACAUGAUCGAAGUAGUGGCAGAGCUGAGCCGGGGUCCUGUGUUCCUGGCGGGGGAGGCGCUGGAGUGUGUGGUGACGGUCACCAACCCGCUGCCCCCCACGGCCACCUCGGCAUCCAGUGAGGCUCUGGCCUGGGCCAGUGCACAAAUCCACUGCCAGUUCCAUGCCAGUGAGAGUCGAGUAGCACUGCCUCCCCCAGACUCCAACCAGCCGGAUGUUCAGCCUGAGAGCCAGACUGUCUUUCUCCCACACCGAGGUGAGAGGGGUCAGUGUAUCCUUUCCACUCCACCAAAAAUCCUUUUCUGUGACCUGAGGCUAGAACCUGGGGAGUCCAAAUCAUACUCCUACAGCGAAGUGCUACCCAUAGAGGGACCACCCUCCUUCCGAGGUCAGUCAGUUAAGUAUGUCUACAAAUUGACCAUUGGCUGCCAGCGUGUCAACUCACCCAUCACGCUACUCAGGGUCCCUCUGAGGGUUCUUGUGCUGACUGGCCUUCAGGAUGUCCGGUUUCCCCAGGAUGAGGCUGUAGCCCCAUCCAGUCCAUUCUUGGAGGAGGAUGAAGGGGGAAAGAAGGAUUCAUGGCUAGCUGAGCUGGCUGGGGAGCGCCUCAUGGCUGCCACAUCCUGCCGCAGCCUCCAUCUAUACAAUAUCAGUGAUGGCCGAGGAAAAGUUGGGACAUUCGGCAUCUUCAAAUCUGUAUACAGGCUUGGCGAGGACGUGGUGGGAACCUUAAACUUAGGGGAAGGAACUGUAGCUUGUUUGCAGUUUUCAGUAAGUUUGCAGACCGAGGAGCGUGUACAGCCAGAGUACCAGCGGCGCCGCGGGGCAGGGGGUGCCCCCUCUGUGUCCCAUGUGACUCAUGCCCGACACCAGGAGUCCUGCCUCCAUACAACCAGAACCAGCUUCUCCCUCCCCAUCCCUCUCAGCUCCACCCCAGGCUUCUGCACUGCCAUUGUGUCCCUGAAGUGGCGAUUGCAUUUUGAAUUUGUAACAUCCCGAGAGCCAGGUUUGGUGCUCCUGCCUCCUGUGGAGCAGCCCGAGCCUGUCACCUGGACAGGGCCUGAGCAGGUGCCUGUAGACACCUUCAGCUGGGACCUCCCCAUCAAGGUGCUGCCCACAAGCCCGACCCUGGCCUCAUAUGCAGCGCCAGGCCCCAGUACCAGCACCAUAACCAUCUGAAACUGGCCCACCACAGCACUACUUUCUUCAGGAUCCUGAGAACUCAGCACCUGGACUCUAGUGGGGCCCAUUUUUUCCUCCUGGGGCCCAGUGACACGGACAAUGAGAAGCAGGCUUUCAGCUGUAGCAUUAAUUUAUUUAUUCAGAAUAAAUUGGCAGCUGCUAGUGGUUUCCCUGGAAGUGGCAGCAGCAGUGGGCAGUCAGCAGAAGGGUGAUCAGUUGAGUUUAGCCGGAAUGGGGAGCAGGAGCCCCAGGAACAGGGGUAUUAGCCGAGCCCCACUCUGGGUCAGGCCCUCCCCCUUUGCAGGGCAGCCGAGGGUCAGAUUUUUGUACCAGGGAGAAUUGGCAGGUUCCUGCCUCCUGUCGUACCUCACACUCAGCAGGGAAGUCGAUGGGAUGCUGGGACCUGGGGACCCAAAGGAUGGGGAAGGAGUCAGCACAGUGAAGGGCCACCUAUCCCUCCCCACAUUCCCUUUCCCCCAGCAGUCCUCCCAGAUCUCCCCCUGGUGCCCCUUUGGUCCCCCUAACUAAAUUCUCACCUACCAUA